AUGGCCAGCUCGAGCGCGGCAUCCGCCAGCGCGAGCGUGGCAUCCGCCCGCCCCGCGCCUCGUGUCUUGCAGAUCCCGGGCCGGCCUUUGGCUUCGCAGAAGCGUCGCUUCAUGUCUGACAAGGUCGGGGAGAUCCGGUCCAAGCCGUCCGCGCCCAAGGCGAAAGCGAAAGCGGGGCGCAGCGACCCUGAGGAGCGAGACACCGCGGACUUCAAGCGCACCUUGAAGGACGUCCUCAACUUUGUCAUGCCUCAGCUGGGAAGGGCUGAGAGGAAGCAAUACGAAAACGCCAAGGUCAAAGCGCUGGGUGGCACCCUCGAGAAGCCCCCCUGGGAGCCCUACUCUGUGCUGCAGAGACGGAGGAAGGGUGAGGAGGCGGCGCGCCAGCGGCGGUUGGCAGAGGAGCAGACGCUGGGGGUGUCGAUGAGCGCCACGCAGCAGCGCAAGAGCCGGGGCCAGGUUUCCGCACAGCGGAAGAAGCAGGCGGAGGUGGCGCGGAAGCGGCGGCCAAAGGAGCCGGACAUCUUGAACCUGGGGGAAGGCGCGCGCGAGCGCCGGGGGAUGGUGGUGCUGCCCAAGAAGCGGGUCAGGGCCUACGCGUGA